CUUCAGUAGCAACAUAAGCUGCAGCUUAUAGCCUUUCUUCAGGAUGCAGAGAAUGUUUCGCUUCAUUGUUGUGUCUUAUAUAGUGUACCUAGUGUGUGCCAACAAUUCUACAAAAGAGACAGUUGCUGACGAAUCCUUGUUGCCGAUCGUUCUCGGAUGUAAAAAUGAGGAUGUGUUGGAAAUAACUCGAGAAAAUCAUACUGAAGAGAGUUUUAAGCUAUCGAAGCGAGAGAUGGAGCUCCAAAACGUAACCGAAGCAAAUCCCUUCCAAACAUCUAAGUCAGAUGCGGAUGUUCUAGCAGCGAUUGAACAAGGGAUCAAACUGUUGGUUAGUGUGCAGCAAGAGUCCCAAGCAGCGAUUGCAGAAAAUCAAGAUCGCUUGAAUCAGAGCCUCAAGUUAGUUGGAGAUCUGGUGCAGCAGAUUGACAAGAUUCAGACGGACCUGUCGAAACUACGCGAAGAAGCAACAAACACGCGGACAGCAGAUAUCAAUCGCAUGCAGCGGUUGGAGCGCAGUAGUGACGAAAUUCAAAGCAAAGUAACGACCAUUGAACGCAUGCAGCAAGGCUCAUUUCGAUCUUGUAAAGAAAUUGCCACGAAAACGCCUGGAAUAUAUAACAUACGGCCAAGUGACGCAUUACCAUCCUUUCUGGCCUACUGUGAUCAAUAUAGUUAUGGAGAAGGUUGGAUGGUCAUUCAAAGCCGCAAAGACGGAUCGGAGAACUUCAAUCGCAGUUGGAAUGACUACAGAAAUGGAUUUGGUAAAGUCGACGGCGAGCACUGGCUUGGAUUGGAGCGAUUGUAUCAAAUUACAAAAAAUCGUGCUUGUGAGCUAUUUGUUGGAUUACAAGACUUUAACAAUACUUAUAAGUAUGCCUAUUAUAACGCCUUUGCCAUCGGUAGUGCAAGUGAGGGAUAUUAUCUUAAAACACUGGGAACUUAUAGUGGAAAUGCCGGAGAUUCGCUAAGACAACACAAAGGAAUGAAAUUUUCGACCCACUAUAUGGAUUACGAUGCUCAUGCUAAUGCCAACUGUGCCAAAACCUGGCACGGAGGAUGGUGGUUCAAUGCUUGCUAUCAUGCGUUUCUGAAUGGACUGUAUCAAAAUGUUAGUGGAAGAGAGAAUGCUAUGAUCGGGUGGUUUGGAUUCCACAACGAAUGGCGCGGUCUAAGCUAUUCUCGAAUGAUGAUACGUCCAUUGAAGUAA